UUCAUCUAUCAAAAGACCAAAUAAUAUCACUGCUAUUGAACAUGAGUGGUCCUCCCCCCAGCGACUUCAACAUCGACGUAUGCCUCAGCCGCAUGGCAGAGCUGAUCGAGUAAACACACCCCACAUAUAUUCUCAUAAAGUAUAACAAGCACAACCAACUGUUUCUCCAGCGCCUUCCAAGCCCACCCGCUCAUGCAAUUACCCACCCCGAACCCGACUAUCUUCUUCAUAAGCGACUUUGUCCGUAGCACCCACCGGACGCUGCAUCAAGUUGACGCCUCUGCCUUCGCCAUGGGAGACCAGAACGCCCGCGCAGCCGUCAAGGAAGUCAUCGGCCGCAACUCCUUCACGGACAUCCUCGUCAACGACACGACGGGCAAGUUGGCGUUGAUGACGGGCCAGGAUCCGCGCAACCCAGUCGACUUCGGUCCAGAUAUCAAGAGGUUGGCUAAGGCUUUGUCUUCGUAACGUUUCUGCUCAAUUGGUCAAUAUAGUUGGGUAGUCUACUCUUUGAUGAAACUUCUGGG